UCGCUCUCCUCUUCGUAGGCUACGUGCAAGCUGACAUGCUCAUCUUUUGAGUAUUGGUGCGGAGGAGAGCAGUGGACCAUGGCCUCGAACGUUGUGUCUGUGAAACGGUCGCUGAUCCCGCUGUGUGUGUGCACAGUUUUGGCAUCCGUUGUGCACGCGCAAUAUGAGAAAUAUAGUUUCAGGAGCUUUCCACAAAAUGAUCUCAUGCCCCUCGAAUCUGCGUAUGGACAUGCCUUGGACCAGUACGCCGCACAGAACUGGAAGGAGAGUAUCAAGUAUUUGGAACUAAGUUUGCGCCUACACCGGCUCUUGAAAGACAGCGAGGCAUUUUGUAGCCAGAACUGCAGCCUUGUCAGUCGAGACCCAGACCCCCUUUUCGCCGACAACAAUCUCCGUGUUUUGCGGCACAUUUUACUCCGGGCAUCUUGUCUCAAAAAGUGCAAGGUGGACUUUCCCGUAUUCAAGAUGUCCUAUCCCAGGAGGGAUAUACUGGAUGCCUUUGAACAGAGACUGCCUUACCGGUAUAUACAGUACGCAUAUUACCAGCUGAACAACCUGGAGAGGGCUGUUUCCGCAGCCCACACCUUCCUCCAGAAGAACCCUACAGAACCCUUAAUUUCCAAGAACAUGAAUUACUACAAGACCCUGUUCGACGUGGAGGAGUACCUAAUCGACCACGAGGAGCGUCCUUAUGAGGGUGUUUUCCUGAAAUCGGUGAAGCUGUUUAACUCGGGCGACUUCAGCAGCUGCGCCAGGGACAUGGAGCUGGCCGCCAGCGAGUUCUUCAAGGCGUACGACCAGUGCCUGGCAGGCUGCGAGGGGGUCUACGAGGUCACGGAGACCAAGGACUUCUACGCUUCCCUGGCAGAUCUUUACAAAGAUGCUCUGAAGUGCAAGGUGAAGUGUGAGGCCAGCCUGACCCCCAAUGUCGGGGGGUACUUUGUGGAGAAGUUCGUGGCCACCAUGUAUCACUACCUGCAGUUUGCCUAUUACAAGUUGAACGACGUGCGGAACGCCGCGCCCUGUGCUGCCAGCUACAUGCUGUUCGACCCCGACGACCAGGUGAUGAAGCAGAACAUGGUGUACUACCGCUUCUACCGCGAGCAGUGGGGAUUGGAGGAGAGCCACUUCAGACCCCGCCCAGAGGCGCUGCGGUACUUUAAUCAGACCACUACGCAGAAGGAGAUGCUGGAGUUUGCACUGAAUUACCUGCAGACAGACGAUGAGGACACGGUGAGCCCAGAGGAAAGCAUUACCGGACUCAAAGACCCUCCAGAUACGGAGUUUGAAGGCCUGGGGGACUAUGAGGAGUCCAUCUAUGCAGAGUGGUGGCAGGAGCCCAAAACCAAGGGGGACACGGGUGAGCCAGUGGAGUGAGCUGCACACACACCGGCCGUCACGCCAAAGCCAGAGUCCUGGAUGAGCGGCACAUACACCAGGCAUCAGAGUCCUGGAUGGGCGGCAGGUAGACUGGGCUCCGGUCAGAACCACCCAUGGAAGGGACGUUCAACACCACCCACCCAGUGCAAUACAGCCCCACCCAGCCCAACCCAACCCCACCCCACCCCACCCCACCCAGCCCAGCCCAGCCCAGUCUCACUCUCCCCAGUCCAGCCCAGAUGGUGAGGAAAUGAUGGCGGACACAACCUCAUAGAAAUGUGACCUUCAGUGGGACCAAGCAUCUAUAGACACGGAAGCAACCAAAUGAUCGAUCCAGUUUAACCACAGUUCAUUCUCAUUCAUUUCCAUACCUUGUCCCGAGGAAAAAAAGGUUUGUUUCAUCUUGGACGGUGUAUUAUAAUUAUUGCCUUUUUUGUUAUCCUUAUUUAAUUGUUAAUCCUCAUUGUGCCUUGGCCUUCAGUUAGAGGGCAGUGAUCUGUGAAGCAGUGUUGCAUUGAAUGGAGUCCUCUCUUGCACAGUGCCAGAAUUCUGUUUGUAUUUUUGCAGCUCUUUUUGAAGCAUUUAUAUGUAAAAUGUGCCAAAAAUAAAAUGGCAUCCCGCUUUAAAUAAACUCUCAAAAAAUCUA